AUGAUAACCAAUUCGGAACGACCCCAAAUUUGUGAAAUCUGUCAUAACAAAGCGUUUGGGUACAAUUAUGAUGUCGUUUCGUGCAAUGCGUGCAAAAUGUUCUUUAGAAGAUCAAACACCGAAGGAGUGGACGAAAAAUGUAAAAAGGGAGGAAAAUGUUAUGAUGAUUUGAAAUAUGAUUUGAAAAAAGAGGACCGUCCACGAUGCCGAGCAUGUCGUUAUAAAAAAUGCGUGGCACUAGGAAUGCGUCAGCACAAAUCGACUGAUUCCGAAUCCGUCACAUCACCAGCAGCUCCAGCUUCUAUUCCGUCGCCAACUUCUGAAAAAUCUAUUGAACUGGCUGUAGUUCAAAAACCAAUUGUCACUCAAGCCCAUGUGGAUUCUACACUUUUUCAACAAAUGACUGCUUUGCAUAAAACCCGGAAAGAAGUUUAUUUGACAAUCAAUAUUUGCGAAGAUCCCAGUUUUUUGGAUCUUGUUCUAGAAGGUUCCAACCUGUCAAAAUAUCGAAGACCGCAACCGAUCGAAUGGGAGAAAACCGAGCGAAAAUUGAAACCUUGGGGUUCCUUGGGAGUUCUACUCAUUGUAGAAAUCAUAAAAGCAAUGCCCUUCUACGAAAAACUGUUACUUUCUGAUAGAGUGAUUUUGUUGAAAAACGUCGCAUUCAAAAGUCAUCAUCUGGCAAUUGCAUUUGACUCUUUCAUGGCCAAAAAAGGACGAGUGAUUGCUCCAAACGGCGAAGAAAUGUUCCCAUCGGCAUUAUUUGAAAUUGAAGAAUGCAAUGAGAUUAUAAUGGACCUUCUGGAGUCACCAAUGCAACCGAUUUUAGAAUUGAACCUGACAGAGAAUGAGUAUUUAUUGCUGAAUAUGAUCAUGAUUUGUGAUCCGGCAUUUUCCGGACUCUCUCCAUCCGGUCGUGAGAUCCUAUCCGACGAGCAAAGAGCCUAUGCGAGAAUACUCUUUCAAAUUUGUAUGACCACUGAUCCAAGGAAAGGACCGGCAAGAUAUGGACAAAUUUUGGCCAUUAUGGACAAGUUGGAACGACAGAAAGAAGUCACAAAUAAAGUCGUGCAUGCGAUGAGGAGAUGUUGGAAACCGGAUUUUUAUUUUGCUGGGGUAUUGAUCGAAGCCUGUCAUCUGGACUAUAAUCGACCGCCUCGUGUGAAAAUGGAAAUUAAGGAUGAGCAAUGA